AAUCUGUAGGAGCGUUCUAGGGGCGAUCCAGCAGCCAAAUCGAUAGAUUGCGUUGAAAAAGGGAGUGAUCCCGAGCGAGACUUCGCGGCAGUCUAAUGGCAGGCAUGGAGGGUCAUCACAUGCAUCAUGGUUCCAUGAUGAACAGCAGUGAUAUGUUGUCUUUGCCCACGAUGAAUGCAACUGCAAUGAUGAACGGUUCUCAGACUUCUGGCUGUGAAGGCUGCCACACCAUGGACCACGGACACUCUCACGGCAUGCACGACAUGCAGAGGGAAUCGCAUGAUGGCCACAACAUGGACAUGAACAUGGACAUGAUGCCAAUGUAUUUCCAGUUCUCUAAGAGUGCCACAAUUUUGUUUGAGAAAUGGACAAUAAACAAUGCAGGUGGCCUCAUAGGAUCCAUGAUUGCCAUAUUCCUGAUGGCUGUUAUCUACGAAGGCCUGAAAUACUACAGGGAUUACCUGUUUCGAAGGGCAUCUAAUGCCAUCGUGGGCUCAGUGAGUUCGACAGACUCCAAGGGCAUCAUCGUUCAACCGGCGUCAUCUGCAGAGUGA